UGUGUGUAAAUCUGGUUUUUCCACAAGCCACUGUUAAAAUAGAUAGCACACACACACACUACCACUCAGUUCGAGAUAGAAGUGCAGGGGGACACACACACCAUGGAGAGCAUCGGGACGUUGCCGAGCGGAAUUUCGAUCUGCUACUCACUCCCUGAUAUUUUCUUCCUCCCUGAACUUGUGUUUGGAGGCCUGGUGUGGAUUUUAGUGGCAUGUACGUAUAUUUUAUUUGCCAACCCCCAGGCGUACGUCAUGGCCGUGUCGCUGUUCUGUUUCUGUAUGACUUUCCUCUGGAUGAUGACGUUCCUGUGUGGAACUCACCGCAGUCGAUCCUCCUGGGCUGCUGCUGAUGUACUGUAUCAUGGGUUAGCUGCUCUGCUGUAUCUCAGUGCUUCAGUCCUCUUGGCCUAUAUCACCAUCAGAGCUGGAGAGCUUUAUAACGCUAAACCAUCAGAUGAACUACUGAAAAUUUACAGACUGGAAAUCUCUGCUGUGGUCUUCUCCUUCCUGGCCACACUGCUCUACACCAUCCACACCAUCUUCUCUGGCAUACGCUGGAAGUCUUUUUAAACCAGGGUGUUUCACAUGUGUGUGUGUGUGUAUUGACUCUAUUCCUGUAUAAUGGAGGAAGUUGAUUUUUUGUGUGUUUACCGCAGUCACUCUGUCAGUCAGUGUGUGUUUGUAAUCUUUUAAAUUAAUGACUUUUCACACUAAGAGAAAACGGCAGAGAAGAAUAAAACUUUAAAAACC